AUGCUCGUCAUCGCUGGCGAAGGAGUUUCGUGGGCCGACUUCUUGACAUCCUGCCAGACACCUGGCCAGAUUGCCUUGACCUAUAGCGAAGGACCUUCCGAGGCAACGAUGGAGAUGCUUCAGACACUCAAAGAAGCUCAGGCUAGGGUUACUUUCUUUGCGAACGCGACAUGGUUACAGUACAUGCAAUACGCUGGUGUAGCCCGACAUGCAUACAUGGACGGCCAUUUGAUUGGUAUGACCUACCGUCUGCCCUCAGAUUCUUCGGCGGGCCUGACGGACGACGAUCUCAAGAACGACAUUGCGCAGAACUCGCGCACGAUUCAGGACUUGAUUGGUGUGUAUCCCAAGUACAUGAAGAUCCACGAGUCCAAUCUCAAGGACCCUCGGUUGUUGAACCUGGCCAAGUCCAUGGGCUACGUCCUUGUUGGUUUCAACAUGGACGAGUACGAUUACAAGUACAACACUGCCGCAAACGCCGGUCAGAUCGCAGAUGUCUACACCGCCAUGUUCACAAAGCAGAUGGACGCCUACGGUCGCAAGGCCUCGUACGUUGUCGCUGGUUACGACGUUCCCUCGACGGGCGCUGCCGCAGCGCUACCCAAGGUCAUCAACACGAUCAAUGCCAACGGCUACGACAUGGUGCGCUUGGACGGAUGCACAAAUGAUAAGACUCCAUACAAGAAGAGUCCUAUCCAAGACGACGGUUAUAUGGGCGAUGCAAAGUCCUUUGGUGCAGCAGAGUAUAAGCACGGACAGAGCAAUGUCAAGGCCAUCCCCCUCAACCCAUCCAAUGGCGGUAGCAAGGGCGGCAGCCCCCCUCCUUCAAGCGGCAGCACCGACAGUGCUGGAAGUGAUGCUGCCAAGAACGCAAACGGUGGUGAGAUGAAGAAGUCGGGAGCAUCGAGAUUGACAGUUAUUACAUCCACUUUGGCUGUCGUCCCAGCAGUCGUCUACGCUUUCUUCCUUUAA